AUGACUUAUUUUGGUGAUAAGGCACCCGAAGUCACCGCAACAGUAAUCACCCUAGCGGCUAUCGCAUAUGUGGUCUUUGGAAUGCGUGUAUAUACAAGAAUCCGGAACAGGGCAUGGGGCAUGGAUGACUGGUGUAUGACGGUCGCAACUAUUCCGUUUACUGCGUUAACUGUGUCAUGCCUCGGAGGCUCUUUUAAAGGGGUCGGAGUUCAUGAGUUCAGGUUGUCUGCAGAACAAGAGACCGAAGGUCUCAAGUUCUUCUUCUUCUUCGAGGUUUUCUACUGCGCUGCCAUCAUUCCCAUCAAAUUGAGCAUUUCUUUUAUGCUAGUGCGCAUUGCAUCGGGAAAAAAGAAGUAUAUACAAAGUCUGUAUGCAGUCUCUGCCAUGUUUACACUCAUGAACCUCAUCGCGUUGUUUUACAUCAUCUUCCAUUGCAGCCCUGUCCAAUAUGCAUGGGACACUUCUACUCCGGACGGUAGCUGUAACCCUGCUAAAGUACCUGCGGAUAUAUAUUAUGCUACCACGGCAGUGAAUAUUACUACGGACUGGUUCUGUGCUAUACUUCCGAUCUCACUUCUCUGGAACGUUCAGCUCAACCGUAAUACCAAGCUCUCUGUGGGUGUUAUUCUUAGCCUUGAUGCUCUGUAG